CCAUUUACAUAAAUAUAAAACAUUUAUGAUAAAAAGACUAACUAAUAUUCCUAGUAAUUCAUAAAUAAUUCAUAAAUGUUUAAAAAUAAUUUAUAAAAUAUUAACGUAAGCUUAUAAACUCAAUCUCAUCCCAAAUACUAUAUCAUGAAUCAUAAUCCCUAAACCAUGAACCUAAAAGUUAAAGUAUUUUUGAUUUAAUGUACUUUUGAAAAAUGGUACCCAAUUUAUGGUAUUUUAAUGGUUCAUUUCUGAAUAGCGUUGAUUGUAAUUAUUUGGAAAAAUGACGUUGAUUUUCUAAUUUAAAAGUUAAAUCAUAUAAAAAGGGAGUCGAGAAUCGAGAUUAGUUAACUAAAUUUAAAAAAUAUGAAAAAAAUUACUAUAAUAUUUUUUGACUUACUUUUGGUUUCAAAAAUAAUAGUAUUCUACACUUCUAUAUGUGAAUCUCUAUAACAAUUAAUUGUUAAAGAUAAAUUAAAACAAAUACAAAAACGAAUUAUUGUAUUUUGAUUAAAAUUUGAAGUUGAUUAGAAUAUUUAAAAUUAAAUAAAAUUUUAUAUCAACACAAUUUAAUGUACACAUAUUUAAAAUUAUUUUAAACUCUUUUUUUGAGAAACAAAAUUAUUUUAAACUUAAAAUAAAUAAACUAUUGAUACUAAUCUUGUUUUUUUUGUAAAAGAACAAUUAUAGUUUGUAUUCAAUAAAAAUUUGCAAACCAAAACGAUUUCGGGUUUUGAGUACAUAGAUCAAAAUUUGGUUAAAUAUUAGAUAAAACUCAACUGGUAUAAUUUACAAUUUUGUAAUCCACUUGAAAUGUGUCUUACUGACACUCUUUGCAAAUAGAAGAUAGUAUAACUUUUGCAUUACACAACCAAAUACCUUGGAUCACCUUUAAUCAUUUCUAUGAAUUUUAUUUUGAAAGUAGUUUUUUACUAAAGAAGAUGUUUCUUUUAAUGGUUAUAAUUAUUUUAUUUAUAGUAGUUUUUAAACAUAUAUUUUAUUUAAUUAUAUUUUCUUAUAAAUUUUUACGCUUUAAAUAAACAGAUUUUAACAUUUUAUGCCGUUGGAGAUUUUUUUAAUGGUUUCAUUUAUUUUAUUUCUUAUACGUUACAAAUUUUACUGGACUCUUAUUUGACUCUCCAACCUGAGAAAAGGAUUUUGAGCACGGAUCUGAUGAAAACAUUUUUGAUUUUAAAGAUCAUCCAAUCCAACGUAGAAUAACAGUUAUGGUUGUUUUUGUCCUUGGUCGACAUAUAAAACUUUAAUAGAUACAUACAAUCUGGCACCCUUUAUUUAUCAAAAAUGAUGUAUUAGUAUCUUUUAUGUCAUGAAGAAACAUUAACAUCUUUUGAAAAUAAUGAUGAAAGGGACAUUAAACUAAUUGUUUCACCCACGAGGACUAACUGAAUAGAUGCUCUAGAUUUAUACAAAGUCUACUUGAUGAUAAUCUUGACACGAAUUUUCUGAGUCUCACUGGAUGGUUCUAGCGAGGUCACCAGAACAUACUAUGAGACAUUUCUUUUGACAAUUAUGUACAAGAGAGAGAGAGUUAAACGAUUAGGUUCUACCUGAGAGGAAGAUGCAUACAUAAGUAUUUGACUGGUUAACCAAAUGAUCAUAAGAAUAUUCUCAAAUAUAUCGGUAUUACUAUGUUUAAAUUUUUUUGUUUAAUAUAGUUCAAAAAAUAUUAUGUUUAACUAUAGUAGUGUAUGUACACUAAUUGGUUAUAUUUAAAUUAAUGGUUAAAUGAUCUUAUGGUAUAAACUUGGCAUUUUCUCUUUAACAUAGAUGAUAUACUUGUAUUAUGAAUGAAUUUUUUUUUGGAAUUUUCUAAAACCUGAAUAUCACAUUUUACGUGAUUAUCAAUCAAAUAUAAUACUUUUACAACAUAAUUUAUCGUGUAUCGUAAUCUACUCUUCAAACCUAAACCGUAUAUCCUAAAAACUAAUAAUUACAUGUUUGCAGACCUAAAACCUAAACAAUAUACCCUAAAUAGGUAACAUAGUGACUCAUAGUAUAAGGAAUUUCAUAUGGAAAUAAUGUAUGAUUUUGAAAUCAUAGUAUAUAAGGAAGCUCAACUGAAUUAGAUCGAAUCAAAAUUGUGUAUUCAAACCAUAUAUGUUGCAUAAACAGUAUUUGUAACUGAAAAACUAAACGAAAUGAUAUGUAUUAUGUUUUCAAACUUUAUAAUGUGAUAUCAAACCAAAUGAUUGACAUGUAUAUGUGUAGAAUAUAUACACCAAAUUUUAUAAUAUGAUAUCAAACCAAAUGAAUUCGAAAGCAUAAUAAGUUAGCAAUUUUUUUAUUAGGAUAACCACAUAAUUUAACACAAAUCGAGAUUGAAAUUAUGGUAAUUAUGAACGGUUUAAUUAAACUAAUUUCAUAUUAGUCAUGUCAGCAAGUUUUGAGCGCCUAAUCUUAGGUGGAAUUCAGUCACAUUUAAGUCAAAAAUACAUGUUACAUUUGUCAUGUGAAUAGUCUCUUUCGAUUGGUUCAUUAUUGUUUAUAUUGAAAUCUCAUUGAUCUGAUUGAAUGUGUUUUGUUAAUUAGGGUUCUUCAGCCUAAAGUAGUUUAACUUUGUGAAAAUUUCUUGUUCUCAGAUUUAGUUGUUGGGUCAACUUAAAAUAGAUCAUAGCACCUGCAAUUUGCAGUUGUAUGCUUUCAUUAUUCUUUCAUAUGUUUAACUUCCACGAAAAGUAUUAAAAGGAGAAAGGACAAACAAAUAAAAGAUGCUUCUUGUCUACCGUUGUGGUGGUUUUCUUCUACUGAUAUCAAGAUGCUGUUUUUACCUGUUUUUAAAUCUGCGGGUUCCCAAACUUCUACGGUUUGAAUAAACUAAUACUAGAAACCAUGUGCUUCAAAGUUGGACCUUGAGACUUGAAGAAACACAACACAGAUUAAAAAUCCAUUAUUUUAAUUCUAAUCUUAAGCUGCAUUACAUUAGUUACAAUUAAUUAAACAAAGUACAAUAAGUCAUUAAGAGGAUGGAUCUUGAUUCUUGAUUCGGAUUUGCACUUGGGACACUUUGCUACGGUAUUGUCCCCUUCGUUUGCAUUGUUUGGCCGCUCUUCACGGCCAUUUGCUGGUCUACAAGGAAGCAAUUUGCUUCUCUGAUUCGCUCUUCCAUUGAAAAGAGAACCUUUUAUUAGUUUGAUUAUUAUACAAGUUAACAAUUUAAUAAAGAGGAAAGAAAAGUUGCAUCAUGUUGUUGUUAAUCUAAUUGGUUUUAGAGUCAGUUCUCUGCAUUUGAGGCUUUUCUUUUCUUUCUUUUGGCUUUUUUUUUCUCCUUUCUCUGUGUUUGUGCUUUUAGAUCUCCAAGGGAAGAAGUUAAGUUAGUUGCAUAAAAGGAAGAACCUGGUCCCCACCCUCAGUUCUUGGAACAUCUUUAUUUCCAUUUUAAGGGGAACCGUUUUGGUUAUGGUUAAACUAAUUUGGAUGAAGUGGACGUUGUGAUUCUUGAGGCUUUUCUUGCUCUUUCUUCUAUUCUGAGAGUAACUGAUCUUUAGCUCUUCAAGAGUUUUUUUUCCUAGGGGAAGAAAAAUGAAGUUCAUGAAAAUUGGGUCGAAGCCAGAUUCGAUUAAAACUGAUGGGAAUAAUGUCAGGUACGUAGAAAAUGAACUGGCUAGUGACAUUACUAUCAAUGUUGACGGAUCGAAAUUUUGUUUACAUAAGUUUCCUCUUCUGUCUAAAUCUGCAUGCCUGCAAAAGCUUCUCUCACGCACGGACAAGAACAAUGCCGAUGAGGUUGAUAUCUCUGGUAUACCUGGCGGACCAACUGCAUUCGAGACGUGCGCUAAGUUCUGCUACGGUAUGACAGUAACACUAAGUGCCUACAACGUCGUGGCUACAAGAUGUGCAGCUGAGUACUUAGGAAUGCACGAGACGGCCGAGAAAGGAAACUUGAUCUACAAGAUCGAUGUGUUUCUAAACUCGAGCCUCUUCCGUAGCUGGAAAGACUCCAUCAUUGUUCUUCAGACCACUAAAACGUUCUCGCCGCUCUCCGAGGACCUCAAACUUGUUAGCCUCUGCAUUGACGCCAUAGCGAGCAAGGCCUGUGUAGAUGUAUCCCACGUCGAAUGGUCUUACACUUACAACAGAAAGAAACUGGCUGAAGAGAACAACGGUGCGGAUCAAGUCAGGGCUCGGGAAGUUCCACAUGAUUGGUGGGUCGAGGAUCUGUGCGAGCUUGAGAUUGAGUUUUACAAGAGGGUUAUAAUGAACAUCAAAUCUAAAGGUGUACUUGGCGGAGAAGUUAUCGGAGAAGCUUUGAAAGCUUAUGGAUAUAGAAGAUUAUCUGGUUUUAACAAAGGCGUGAUGGAACAAGAAGAUUUGGUGAAGCAUAAGACGGUUAUAGAGACGCUUGUUUGGUUGCUACCGGCUGAGAAAGAUAGCAUCUCUUGCGGUUUCUUGCUUAAGCUGUUGAAAGCAGUCACUAUGUUAAACUCCGGAGAGACGGUGAAGGAACAGCUCGUAAGAAGAAUAGGACAGCAGCUCGAACAAGCUUCUGUCGCGGAACUCUUGAUAAAAUCUCAUCAAGAAAGCGAAUCUUCAUUGUACGAUGUGGACUUAGUGAAGAAGAUAGUUGUUGAAUUCAUGGCAAGAGAUCAAAACAGUGAGAUAGAGGUUGAAGAUGAUGACGAAGUUGAAGAGAUAAAGAAAUUUCCUGGGAUUUUAUCCGAAGCUUCAAAGCUGAUGGUGGUCAAACUGAUUGAUAGCUACCUCACUGAGAUUGCUAAAGAUCCAAAUCUUCCUGCAUCAAAAUUCAUCGAUCUUGCUGAGAGUGUUUCUAGCAUCUCUAGGCCGGCACAUGAUGGGCUCUACCGUGCUGUUGACAUGUAUCUUAAGGAACAUGCAGGAAUCACAAAGGGAGAGAAGAAAAGGAUGUGCAAGCUGAUGGAUUGCCGGAAACUGUCGGUGGAAGCGUGUAUGCACGCCGUGCAAAACGACAGGCUUCCUCUACGUGUGGUGGUUCAAGUACUCUUCUUCGAACAAGUGAGAGCGUCUGCUUCGUCGGGAAGCAGCACACCUGAUUUGCCCAAAGGCAUAAGGGAGCUACGCAGCUGCGGGACAUAUGGGAGCUCAAGAUCAGUGCCGACGGUUAUGGAAGACGAAUGGGACGCGGUGGCAACUGAAGAGGAGAUGAGAGCAUUGAAGAGCGAGAUAGCCGCACUGAAGCUGCAGGAAGAGAGUGGACGUAAGAGCACGGAUAAAGCGGCGGUGACGGCGAUAAGCAGAGUGAAAAGUUUGAUAAUGUCAAGGAAGAUGUUCGGGAAGAAGUUGCAGGGCAAAGGAGGAGGAGGAGAGAAGAACAAUGGAGGUGGUGGUGGCUCGGAUUCAUCGGAGAGUCUUGGAUCUGUAACUGAAGAGGCGGCUAAAACGGCAACGCCUUCGAGAAACUUGACUAGGAAGGUUUCUGUUUCUUGAUGAAUAAGGUCUUUACAAACAUGUUUGAAAGGUUUUCCUUUAGAUUUAUAUGAAUCAACUGUAAUUUCUUUGACUAUUUUGUUUGGUCUGUUUGCAAAAGAGAUCCUUUAUUAUAAGAGAUGCCAUGUGGUUGCCUACGAUUUCUGGAUAAAGAAAAUUUUUAAACUGAAAUAUAAUGUAAUAUUUGUUAUGUUUUGACAGAUACAAUAUAGUUUUUUUCAAAAAACCAUACAUUUAACUAUAAGAUGAAUAAAUAUUUAAUGUUCUUAUAUACAAAUUUUGACAUAUAUACUUUACUCAUUUCUAAAACAUAAGCCGAGGGAGUUUAUCGGAAUAAAGAUUUGGGUAGAGUUUGAGAAUUCUAAAAGUUGAUAGAUUUUAGAGGUUAAGGAUUCUGCAGAUAUAUGUAUUCUUGAUUUGUAAAAUUCUAUCAUACUUUUGAUAGCUUGUUAUAUAUUUUCCUUGAUUGUAUUAAACUUUUUCUAUUGUUAUUUUUGUAAAAUAAAUAUAUGAUGUAUUUAAUAUGGAUUUUCCAAAAUAUUUUUUCCAAUAUAGAAUGUUUAUUAGGGGAUUUGCCAAAAUAACUUAAAACUUGAUUUUAAAUGCAAAAAUAUGUCACAAAUGUAAAACUAACCUAAAAGGAUUGUGAAUUUUCAAUCAUCUCUUUAUAACCAAACAAAAAAAACUGUAUCACUUUUACAACUAUAACUAUGCGAAGUCUUCUCACGUUAGUGAAGUCGUCUAUGAGCAGACUUCUCAGUAUUUAAUCUUUAUGAUGUAAGCAAUUCUAAAUGAUGUAAAUUUAGAUUUUCUAAAAUUGAAUUGUUUUUAAUAUAGAUGAAUGAAUAUAUGUAUUAUUAAGUCAUGAUUGUUUUUUCUUUAGGGUUUGGUAACAUAUGUUGUAGUAUUGUUUAUAUUUUUAGAGUUAUAUUUUAGAAUCUUUAAAAAGAAAUUUAAAAAAUUAAAUUUAAUAUAUAUGUAUUUAGUUUUGUAUACAUUAAACACUUUAUAAGUUGAUCUUAUGUUUAAUGAUGCGUUUUUACUAAUUAGUUAGCUAUUUAAUUUUAGGGUUUAGAAGACUUUUUGGUAAGACUUCUUGGUAAGUCUUCCGAUGAAAAUAUUUAUCAUGAUUGAAAUUUUGAUCUCCGUAUAUAAAGAAAAAUGUACGCAUUCUCUAUCUUUCUCUCAAAUGACUGCAGCAAAAAUGUAAUAUUUCUCACUCUAAAACUCUUAACCUCUUUUUAAUCUCUUUGAACUUGAAGACACUAAACUUUAUAUCAAUUUCAUUUUUUUUGUUUCAUGUAUUUCUCACUAUUUUAUCUUGGUUUUUCAGGUUUUUCAUUUCAUGGUUUUCAUAUUCCACUCAUUUAAAGGUAAAUCUAUAAAUUGUAUGCAUUUUGUGUUUUAUUAGUUAGAUUUUAAAAUGCUAUAUAUUCAAUCUAAUGUGAUUCUUUUGUUUAUUAUUUAAUAAAAUAAAUUGAAAUUUUUUUCUGGUUUGAAGCCAUUUUAACAUUUUUGGAUACGCAUGUUUUUCAAAUUUGAGGACAAUAUCGGACUUCAAAAUUUAUUAGCAGAUUUCUCAAGAAGACUUUUAUAGUAUUUGUUGGGAAAAUCGUAUUUUUAACCCUCAGAGUGUCACAUUCUCGCACUUUAAACACUGAACAUUUUUGACUAGCAUUUUAAAUCUUGAAAGUGCCAUUUUUAUCAUAACAAACAUCCAAUGAGGUUUACUUGUUUACCAAGUCAACGAGGUGACAUGUACUGUUAAUUUUGUGAUGACGUGUCGGUUUUUUUAAAAAUAAAAAAAUGAAUAAAAUACAUAGAAAAUUCGAAAAUUUCGAAAAUUUUCAAAAAAUAGAUUUUCUUGAAAAAUUCAAAAAAUAUAAAAAUAACAUUUCAAAUGGUAAAAUAAAAUAAAUAUUUUUUAAAAAUUAAUCCAAUUAUAAACCAAUAAAUAUAUAUAAUAUAAUAACUUGAAUGGUGAUACUAGAUUCUGUUUUUUUGGUUUUUGAUUUUUUUUUUAAUUUUGAUUUAUUAGUACUUAACUUAUUAAAUUUUUGUGAAACUAGAAAAUAUCUCAUAGACCACUUAAAAUGUUUUUGACCUUAACUAAAAUACUAUAAGUUAGUUUGAAAUAUAAUUAAGAGAUAGAGAGGUAUGCCUUUAGAUUUGUAUAUGUUAGGUUUUGGUAUGAGUGGAGCUUCUUAGAUAAGUAAAAUAUAUUUUAGUUUCUCUAAAGUUUGAUUAGUUAUUUAUUUAAUUUCAAAGUUAUUUACUAGUUUAAGAAACUUAAAAUUACUAAAAUAAAUAUCAUUUUAAAAAUAAUACCAAUAAUAGGAUUAAUUUUGAAAAUUUAACAAGUUAAGUAUUAAUAAAUCAAAAUUUUUUAAAAAAAAUCAAAAACCAAAAACCAGAAUCUAGAAUCACCAUUCAAGUUAUUAUAUUAUAUAUACUUAUUGGUUUAUAAUUGGAUUAAUUUUUAAAAAUAUUUAUUUUAUUUUUAAUUUUGAAAUAUUCUUUUUUUUAUAUUUUUUUGAAAUUUUAGAUUUUUUUAUUUUUUUGAUUUUUUCGAUUUUUUUAUUUUUUCGAAUUUUCUAUGUAUUUUAUUUAUUAUGUAAAAGAAAAAAAAAACCGACACGUCACCUAGUAGACUUGGAGGUUUGUUAUGAUAAAAAUGUUACUUUCAAGGUUUAAAGUGCUAGUCAAAAAUGUUUAGUGUUUAAAGUGCGAGAAUGUGACACUCUUAGAGUUUAAAAUGCGAUUUUCUCGUAUUUGUUUAUUUUAAUCGCAGUUAUGUAUACCAUUGAAUACCAGAAAAGAGGUCUAUCACAUGCACAUAGAUUUUGUUUCCUUGAAAGGACAAUAACAUUGCUACUGGUGAUGAUAUAUAUAUAUAUAUAUAUAUAUAUAUUUUUUUUUUUUUUUUUUGAACGACUGGUGAUGAUAUUGGUAGUUUUAUAUCUGCAGAAAUUCUAGACAAAACAAAUGAUCUAGAUUUGCAUAAGAUAGAUAGUAAUUGAUAGCAUGAUGCAUGGGCCAUGUGAAUCCGCAAAUCCUCGUCAGGAUUGUAUGGCAAAAAGGAAGUGUUCUAAAAAACCAUGGUAUGGUAACAUCUAUAGAUGAAAAUGGUUUUCCAUCUUACAAACGUCGAGACAAUGACCGCUAUGUCGAAAAGAUUGGGGUCAAAUGGGAUAAUAAGUAUGUAGUACCAUAUAACAAGGAACUUGUAUAUGAGUGGUGCAUCCAAACUUGGGAAAUAAAAUAUUUGUUCAAGUCAGUCACAAGGGUCUGGAUUAUGUAUCAGCAGGAGGAAAUGCCGAGAAAGAUGAAGUGGUUGAUGAAAUAAAAUUCUAUUUGGACUGAAUGUAUCAUUUAAAAGUAUUUCUUAUUAUUUGGUGUUAUUAUUAUUAUUAUUUUUUUUAACAUUAUUUGGUGUUAUUAUUGGUCAAAUCAUAUUAUUUUUACCAUGUCUUUGUUAUUGUUUUAGGUAUGUUUUUACAUGUGAAGCUACAUGGAGAAUACCAACUUUUCCCACUUAUUAUUGUACUUUAUCUGUAAAAAUACUAUGGUUUCAUCUACUGAACCAAAAAAAUUAUAUUCACGACGAAGAAGAACUUUCAAUUUUACCAAAAAAAAAAAAAGAAGAACUUUCAGAAAGUAUAGUUCAUCAUACAAAUGUGAGUGAGUGUAUCUCAGUUUAUAGGGUGGUCUGAAGCGUGUAAGAUUUAUCCCCAAAAGAAUACCAUAAAUAAUUAUGAGAUAUCUAUUAUCUUUACAUAGAAUAAAAAAAAAAGAGCAUUGAAAUCAAGGAAACGAUCUACUGUAAUUUGAAGAAUUGCACACGUCGGUAAGAAAAUAGAAAAGUCGUACUAUUUAAAAAUUCUCCUAAAUUUUAAAAAAGAUCUAUAAUGUUUUGAAGAUAUACUUUGGAUGUGGUAACAGAUGCAACACUCAAAUAGGCAUGUGAAGUAUUAAGAAUUUUUUAUAAUGAUAAUGAAUAUAUUUUUGGUAUUGGUGAAGCGAGCGUAUAUAUGGUUUAGCGGUUUUUAUCUACGUAAGUUUUUUUGUUACUAUGUUGAUCAGUGAUUGUCCUGCACAACUAGAAUUUGUGUGAGAAUCAGCAUAAUCACUACUAUAUAAAAGAGACUAAUUUAUAGCUCAAUUAGAGGUGUCACAUAGGAUGAAAUAUUCCAAUCCAAUCAUACAUCUACCUCAUUACGAAUUUAACAACCCUAUUAAUAAUAUUAAUGCUAAUCAUUUGGCCCAACACUAGCAUAACCCAAUAACUUUUAAACAAAUUUUUGAAAUCUGUUUUGAUAACAAAAUUAUCCUUCUUCUUUAGAUUUCAUGGAUUCAAAUUUAUAAUGUGUCUUAAUAAUCAAUAAGACCAUUAAAUAUAGAUCCAUGGAUAUAGAUUAAAAAUGUUUAUGUUUGGAAUUAUAUACCGUGUAACACGCAUGUAUCACAGCCACCGACGAAGCAAACAAUUGUUUUUUAAAAGCACUAUUAUUAAAAAAAUAUGUAUGAACUUUACAAUAAAUAAUACAUAUAUGAACCGGAAAAUCUAUAGUGGUAAAAAUCCCUAUUUGUUUUACUAAUUCAAGUCAAUACUAUUAAGUUAGGAACAUGUCCGGUUAUCUCUUAUAUACUAAAGCACAAGUCACAUGACCAACAAAAUUUUGACACAUGGAAUAAAUUAAAUAUUUACAAAAAAAAAAUCUAAAAGCAGAAAAAAAGAAAAACUUAAAUGCCCUACAUAAAUCGUUAAUAUUUAGAGUUUCUAAUAUUUAUCCCACUACUUCAUGAUCACAAACACGAUUUCAAGACUGUUACUUUUACUGUGGAGGAAGUUUAAUUCACGAAGCUAUAAAUUUAUGUCUAUUUGCCUUCAAUGUAAUUUCCUAUAAUUUUGCAAUGGUUCCACUUACUCUUCCUGUAAUAAAGUUAAGAUAUCAAACUCCUAUGUGCAGUUUUGCUUCAUUGUAACCUGUUAAGGGUGAAAAAUUUCGUGAAACAAUGGAUAUGGUGGUUGGUGGAUCUAAGUUGAUGGAGAUUCUACCAGUUCAAAGAAACUUCACUUUAAGAUCUGGCAAAAAAUGAAAAAGAUGGAGAAGGAAGCUAGAAAGCAGACGUAAAUAUGGUACAGUAGCAGUAACGAUUUUGAUACUUUUUUCUGUAUAGAUUAAUGUUUCAAAUAUUGAGUGAGAAAGUUGGUUUUGAUAAGGUUAUAGGAACUUCAAGGGUUGAAAAGAUGCAAUGCCAGUACUGCCAUCGAAACAUUGAUCAAAUUUCAAGAGAGAAGUAACAGAGGUACAUGUAUGUAUUUUUUUUUGAUCAAAAGCUACAUGUAUGUAUUUCUGUCAAAUUAGUGUUCGAUUAUUCAUUAAUACAUAUAAUUCUGUAACUAUGCUUUCACAUCACCAUCUCAGUACGAGUAUUAACUAGAUGUUAGAUGCUUUAGUGAUGAGUAUGUGAGUUUAUCCGUUAUGUCAUAUAUAAUUAAAAGAUAGCAUACACUAAGUACUAACUAUCUUCUGUUCUUAAAAUAAAGAGUCUGAUAACUUCCACUUUUACGUAAUGAUAUUUAUCUCUUGAUUUGCUUUCAUAAAAUUGUGUAUCUGUUACAUAAUCUUUUACUGUUUGUGGAUUUUAAAUAUUGUUUUUGUUUGCAAUUAGAAUACUAAAUCUAAUAAGAAAAAUAAACCAUAAGUUACAGGUUAAGAACUAAGAAAAAGGAAGAACACGACAUAAGACAUAAAACUUAACAAUUUACCGAAAAAAGAA